AUGGCUUCCCCUGACGAAGCAGCACCAACCUUCAAUCCAAACAACGUGGAUCUCAACACGGCAGAUCCGCGAGAUGUGAUUUGCGCCAUCAAUUUCUCGGGAAAUGACUACAAUGGUCAGCUCGGCGCAAGGAUCUCGGCCAUCUUCGUUAUCUUGGUCGUGUCUACUGGUACAACAUUCUUCCCCGUCAUCGCCAAAAGAGUACCUCGACUGCACAUACCUCUGUAUGUCUAUCUCUUCGUUCGAUAUUUCGGUUCCGGCGUUAUCGUCGCCACCGCCUUCAUUCAUUUGCUGGAACCGGCAUACAGUGAGAUCGGAACGCAAACGUGCGUGGGCAUGACAGGAGGAUGGGCUGACUACCCUUGGUGUGCGGCGAUUGUCCUCACUUCAGUCAUGGCGGUCUUCCUAAUGGACUUUGGGGCCGAACGAUACGUGGAAAUCAAGUAUGGCAUUGACAGCGAUGACGAUCUUCAAGAAGCUGUCACUGGUGUUGUGGACCGCAGUCCAUCGGCCAUCCAGCAAGACCAGACAUUGAGCACUACGGAAGCACAACGCAAGCACGAAGGCCGCCGAGCAUCUGCCGCAUACGAGAAAAGAUUCAUCGAGGAUUUUGAGGAUGAAGAAGCCGAUUCAAGUGCGCGGAAAAACUCCUUUAGACAACAGAUUGCUGCAUUCCUGAUCCUUGAGUUUGGCGUGAUUUUUCACUCGGUCGUCAUCGGUCUCAACCUCGGUGUCGUGGGAGACGAGUUCAACACCCUCUACCCGGUUUUAGUCUUUCAUCAAUCUUUUGAAGGCCUGGGGAUCGGUGCGAGAAUGUCGUCGAUUCCGUUUAGGCCCGGUAGCUGGCUCCCGUGGAUACUUUGUCUGGCAUACGGUUUGACGACUCCAAUCGCCAUUGCCAUCGGUCUUGGAGUACGCACAACGUACAAUCCUAACUCCUUUACUGCAAAUGUAGUUAGCGGAGUCCUGGAUGCCAUCUCAGCCGGUAUCUUGAUCUAUACUGGGCUCGUCGAGCUGCUGGCUAGAGACUUUUUGUUCAAUCCUAUGCGGACCAAGGACAAUAUGAGGCUGGUAUUUAUGGUGGUUUGUGUCUUGCUUGGUGCUGGGUUGAUGGCGCUACUGGGAAAGUGGGCUUAA